AUGGCGGUGCCCACUGCUGGCACAGCGGUCGUUCCUCAGAAAAGCGGAAAGCCCAUUCCAACACUUUUUCAGCCUCUCAGAAUCCGUGGAGUCGAAUUUCAAAACAGAAUCAUUUUAUCUCCCAUGUGCCAAUAUUCUGCAAAGGACGGUUUUGUUACCCCUUGGCAUCUCGCACAUCUGGGUGGAAUAAUAAUACGAGGACCAGGCUUAAGCUUCGCCGAAGGAGUAGCCGUAUUGCCAGAAGGUCGUAUCACACCUGAAGACCUUGGUUUAUGGACAGAUGAACACGUUGAAGGAUUAUCAAAAAUCGUCGAAUUCGCGCAUUCGCAAGGCCAAAAAAUGGCCAUCCAGCUUUUCCAUUCCGGCCGCAAGGGCUCUACCAGUGCGCCUUACCUUGUUAGCAAGGGCGACAUCAUGGCCUCACCAGAGGAAGGAGGCUGGCCUGACAAUGUCUGGGGACCAUCUGCUAUUAAAUUCCAUCCUUCUUAUCCUCAACCUCGCGAGUUGACUUUGGAAGGUAUUAAAAGGAUAAUUGACGCGUUUGUUGUCGCUGCGAAGCGGGCAGUUAUAGCUGGUUUUGACGUCAUCGAAAUCCACAUGGCCCAUGGGUACCUGCUCUCAUCGUUUGCAAGUCCGGCCAGCAACAAACGGACAGAUGAAUAUGGCGGAAGCUUCGAAAAUAGGAUACGAUUAACCAUCGAGAUCAUUGACGCAAUUAGAGAGGUCAUUCCCAACGAUAUGCCGAUUUUUGUGAGAGUAUCUGGAACAGAUUGGCUUGAAGAAGUUGCGCCUGAUGAGCCGUCAUGGAGGUUAGAGGACACCGUCAGGGUAGCCACAGUCUUUGCAGAGCACGGUGUCGACUUGAUCGACGUUUCGGCAGGAGGAAUCGACUUCAGGCAAAAGAUCCGAUCAGGCCCACAAUAUCAAGUAUUCCUUGCAGCCGCGGUCAAAAAAGCCUUGGGCGACAAAAUUCUUGUUGGGGCCGUCGGACAACUGCACGGCGGCAAAGAUGCGCAGAGUGUUUUAGACUCCGGCAGCGCCGACGUGAUUUUUGUAGGUCGAGAAUUCUUGAAGAAUCCCGGUCAGGUGUGGGCGAUGGCUGAGGAGCUCGGGGUGGAAAUUCAAACGGCCAAGCAAAUAGUGACCAAUUUAACAUUGCUGAUGGUGGGCGCGUUUCGUUCUAAACGAUAUGUUCAGCUAUCUCCGUUGUGCCAAUACUCGGCACAGGACGGUCUCGUGACACCCUGGCAUUUAGUCCACUUUGGCGGAAUCAUCACCCGCGGUCCUGGUUUGUCUUUCUUUGAGGGGACGGCUGUGUCGCCGGAGGGUCGAGGCACCCCUCAGGACGUAGGAAUUUGGACUGAUGAGCAAGCCGAAUCGCUUUCUAAGAUUGUUGAGUUCGCACAUGGACAGGGGCAGAAGAUCGCCAUCCAGCUGACGCACGCUGGCCGUAAAGCAUCCACGAUUGCGCCUUGGCUGGCGUUCGCUGGUGCACCGCCGACUGCACCCAAAGAACUCGGUGGCUGGCCGGACAAUUGCUGGGCACCGUCGGCGAUCCAAUUUGCGCCUGGGUAUCCGGAGCCUCGAGAGAUUUCCGUCGAAGGAAUCAAAGAGGUCAUCAUAGCUCAUGUGGAGGCCGCAAAGAGGGCGGUCAAGGCUGGAUUUGAUGUUAUUGAAGUACACAGUGGCCAUGGAUAUUUGUUGUCUUCAUUCUUGACCCCUACGAGCAACAAGCGAAAAGAUCAGUACGGAGGCAGCUUCGAGAACAGAAUUCGCUUCACUCUGGAGGUUGUUGAUGCUGUAAGAGCAGUUAUUCCAGAGGGCAUGCCGUUGUUUGUGCGAAUUUCUGGAACAGAAUGGCUGGAGGAAGAGGACGAACCAUCUUGGAAAACAGAAGACACGGUCAAGCUCGCCUCAAUCCUCAUCGAACACGGCGUCGAUUUCCUGGAUGUCUCCGCUGGCGGUCUCAACUCUCGGCAAAAAGUCCGCCCAGGACCUGCAUAUCAAGCACCUUUCGCGGCAGCGGUCAAAACAGCAUUAGGGGACAAAAUUGUAGUUGGGGCAGUAGGCAACCUUCAUGAUGGACAUAGGGCAGAGGAGUUAUUGCAGUCUGGACGUGCGGAUGUCGUGUUCAUCGGUCGAAAAUUCCAAAAAAAUCCUGGGCAGGUAUGGACUAUGGCUGAGGAGUUGGGGGUGGAGGCAAAAUUUGCCAGUCAAAUGCAAUGGGGCUCCCAGGAUAUGUAA